UGCCCCUCUCCCCCACGCAACCGCGGCCGCGACGUAGCUCCCAUGGCAACCCAGAAGGCCUCACUCUCAGACUCCUUGCGGAGCUCGCUGCCUGAUUCUAGGCUGGUCUCUACUCCGAGCCCGUGACGUUUGCGGCAGCCCGGCCACGAUGCCCAGUGAAACUCUCUGGGAAAUUGCAAAAGCUGAAGUGGAAAAAAGAGGAAUUAAUGGAAGUGAAGGUGAUGGAGCUGAAAUUGGAGAAAAAUCUGUUUUCUUCAUUGGCAGUAAAAAUGGGGGAAAGACUACUAUUAUUCUAAGGUGUCUUGACAGAGAUGAGCCACCAAAACCAACCUUAGCUUUGGAAUAUACAUAUGGAAGAAGAGCAAAAGGGCACAACACACCAAAAGAUAUCGCUCACUUUUGGGAACUGGGUGGAGGAACCUCUUUAUUGGACUUAAUCAGCGUACCCAUCACAAGUGACACCUUACGGACGUUUUCUCUUGUUCUCGUUCUGGAUCUUUCAAAAUCUAAUGAUCUUUGGCCCACCAUGGAAAAUCUCUUGCAAGCCACAAAAAGCCAUGUAGACAAAGUGAUAAUGAAACUGGGAAAGACAAAUCCUAAAGCAGUUUCUGAAAUGAGACAGAAGAUCUGGAAUAAUAUGCAGAAGGAUCAUCCUGAUCGUGAAUUAAUUGACCCAUUUCCAGUACCUCUGGUCAUAAUUGGAAGUAAAUAUGAUAUUUUUCAGGAUUUUGAGUCUGAGAAGAGAAAAGUAAUAUGCAAGACACUUCGAUUUGUUGCACAUUAUUAUGGAGCAUCAUUAAUGUUUACCAGUAAAUCAGAAGCUCUAUUACUAAAAAUACGUGGAGUUAUCAACCAGUUGGCAUUUGGCAUUGACAAAAGCAAAUCAAUAUGUGUGGAUCAGAAUAAACCACUGUUUAUCACAGCAGGAUUGGAUUCUUUCAGUCAAAUAGGAUCUCCUCCUGUUCCUGAAAAUGACAUUGGAAAGCUUCAUGCCCACUCACCAAUGGAGUUGUGGAAAAAAGUGUAUGAAAAGCUUUUUCCACCAAAGAGUAUUAACACACUGAAAAAUAUCAAGGACCCUGCAAGAGAUCCUCAGUAUGCUGAAAGUGAAGUCGAUGAGAUGAGAAUUCAGAAGGAUCAGGCACAUUUAAUGAGAUAUCCUAUCAAGAAGCAGGACAAAACAUCACGUGUUAGGGAUAACCAGGAUUAUUUCCAAGGUGGGAUAGCCUUUAAGAAGCUGUUCCAAUCUGUAGAUUUGUGUACCUGCUAGCCAAGUUCAUUUUGAGUAAGUAUAAUUGCUGUGAUUAAAAAUGAUUUAUUCUGUGUUCUUCCAUAUCCACAUGUAAAAUAUGUUGACUCCCAGCUUCAGAUAAACACAUUUACUACCCCAAGGGAGUGGUGUCUGAGCAGACAGCAAGCCAUCUGCUUAUUGCAACGAACCAGGACUUCAUAAAUUAUUUGCAGUAUGUAUGGUUCUGACACCCUUGAGAACAGUUUUCAGCAUGUUUCCAAGGAACCUCAGUCUUAAGCACAGGUUUCUUGCUGAGUGCUAUGGAAAAAGAGAUCCCUUUAAAUUUACAGUGAACAUUAUGAUCUCAGAAACAUCACUAACUUGGUGGGAAGAAACAGCCUGUUCCACAAGAGUAAUAGGAAUUGCUGUUAUAUACUUUGAUUUUCUUACACAUCACUGUCCAUUUUUGACUUGAGACACAAACUGUCACAUGUUGAAAGCCAUUGUGUUUUUCUAAGGUGCUAUCACUAACAUUUAAUAGCUUGCAGUCACGUGUGAUGUCAGUUUUCCAAAUGUUUCUGAGCUAGAAUGAAAUUCAUCUGCAUAUGAAUAGCAGAAAAUGUUUCCACUUAUGUUGUACACCCAUAUCUUUAGUAAGUUGAAAUCAGUGAUUUCAAAAGAGGUUCCUGUGGGACUCUCUUUGAACUACUGUAAUAGAUUAUCAUCUCCAGAAUUGUCUAUAACUGAUGUGACAUAUAUAAUCUGUAAGACAUUGUGUAACUAUUACACCAUAAUCAUCCAUGUCAAAGACCUUUUAUAAAAAUUGACAAUACUAGUCUGAUAAUUUACCAAUGCCUCCACAUCCUUAAAUACUGUUCUGAGAAAUAGAAUUUUACUGUGGUUUCCUUAAUGAAAUGAUCUUUCCUACUUCAACAUGAGACAUUUCAAAUGCUAUAAUUUAUCUUUCUUCACAAGUUAGGUCACAGUCAGUGAACAAGUUCAUGCGCUCUCUACCAUAUUCUCACCCAAUGUUACCAUAGUAACAUUGAGACAGUUUCAUUUCGGGUUCUUACAUGGAAUUACUGGAAGAUCAAUCAGAAGCAGAAUCAGAUCAGUCA